AGUCAGCCAAUGGAAAGAGCUCUCUUUCUUCUAUUCGAUAUUCUAUUAGAGUUUUCUCAUGUUAUAAGCUUGAAUGCAGUCCCACUCACAAGAAUCGAAAGCUUGGUGCAUGGACCUCAAGUUCCACAGAUUCCUCACCUGGUGAUUGCAGAGAAAAGUUCAAAGGAAGAAAUUAGUAAUGGGAAGAAGAUCUUAAUGGAGUUGAAGAUUAUCCAGGUUCCGGAGCUAAUAAUCGACACACUCCAAGGCCACAAUUUGGCAGAUGUGUUGAUUGCUAAGUCCUGUAAACGGACUGAAAGCACACGAACGGAAGUAUGUUCAUGUUCAUUCAUUUAA